GAUAUGAAACGCCUUGAACUAGAUCAUGUAAAGUUGAAGAAACGCAAUGAACAAUUACAAAAAGAGAAGGAUGCUGCUAGGAGUGAUUUGUCCAAAGCGAAUUUAAUGAAGCAUAAAUUUGAAAACAUAUGUCGAGAAUUGCAGAAAGAAAAUAAACGUAUUAAGGAAGAAAGCAAGCGCUUGGCUGCUAGCGAACAACAGAAACGCGAGGAAUUAUCGAGUAAAUUUGAAAAUACUAUCUGGGAAAUCAAAUCCAAGAUGGAAGAAGAUACUGACGAGAAAAAAAAACGAGCGGAGGAUAAUGAAGCAUUGAAAGAUAAAUUCCGCAGUUUCUUAGAACAAUAUGAGCUCCGUGAGAAACACUUCAAAAGUGUUGUUCGAUCUAAAGAUUUGGAAUUGCAAUUAUAUGAAGCAAAAUUACAGCAACAAAAGCAAUUAACCGAACAAGAAAUGAUAAAAAUCAAUUCUUUAAAGGAACAAGUAGAAACUUUCACUAAAACAGAAACAGAAUUACGUAAACAGCUUAAUGUUUACGUAGAUAAGUUUAAGCAAGUUGAGGAAACGUUAAAUAAGAGCAAUGAACUUUUUCUUACUUUCCGUAAAGAAAUGGAACAGGUUUGA